AUGGCCAUCUUUCGAGAAAAGGAGGGCUUCCCCCAAGUGCCUUCUUCACUCCAUCACGAUGCGUACACGACUGAUGAUGCCAGCCGUAUGAACGUCCGCCAACUGCUAUCUCAGAGCUCGGCCAAAGGUGUGACCCCUUACCUUGGACUUGGCUCCCGCCUCUCGCAGAUCUGGUUCAACCGCUGGACUGUCCUCCUGCUUCUGGUCUUGGUCAACUUCCUCCUUACUCUGGGAAGCCUCAACACCAACCUGGGCGACGCCAAGGCAAAGGCCCUAUCAGCAUGCACGAAAGUCGAAGAUAUCGGUAGUGCUAUGGCCUCCAUGCCUCACUACUUGUCUGUUGGAGUCAACCGCCUCACUGCCUCGGGAAUAACCGAGGCCGUCCACGCCCUGAUGAAGGUCCUUGACAUGAUACUUACCGGCGUUGAACAGCUGAUCCUCUUUGUCAUCGGCAUGAUGACAGACACCUACGUCUGUCUGAUUGCCAUGGUCGUCCACGGAGGACUGAACGCCUCCGCCCUUGCCAUAACCAAGACCACAGAUGCGAUGAACGAAGCUAUUGACGGAAUUGCUCAGGCAAUCAACGGCACAGCGGACGACCUUCAGAAGCCCGCCGCUGCCGAGCUCGUCCGUCGGAUUGACAUCCCGCCCAAGCCCGAGGUCGCAGGCAAGGUCAAGGCCAUAGCCGCGAAGCUAGCCAACGUUGACAUUGACACAAGCGGCUUUGUCUCUGACCUGAAUUCCCUGAACGAUAAGCUUCCCGACUUCGACGACAUCAAGAAUCUCACAGCCCAGGCCGUUUCGUUCCCCUUCAACCUCAUCAGAGAGCAACUCGACAAAGCCUACGGCAACUGGGCAUUUGACGAUAACACGUUCCCCAUCGCUAAGAAGGAAGCCUUGUCAUUCUGUUCCGAGAAUUCUGCCAUCAACGACUUCUUUGAGGGCCUGUACGAGAUUGCCCGCACCGCCAAGAUUGUGGCCAUCGUAGUACUGGUGCUACUCGCGAUCGCUGCGUGUAUCCCGAUGGCCUAUAUCGAGAUCCGCCGAUGGCGCCGCGCUCAGGUCUGCUCCAAGGAUGCGUAUGACGAUAUGGAUCUCGUAUACAUGUGCUCCCGUCCCACCUCGUCGCGGGUUGGAUUCUGGAUCGCUUCGCGGUUCAGCGAGAAGCGACGCCUCUUGGCACGAUGGUGUAUCGCAUAUGCCACGUCGCUUCCGGCCCUCUUCGUCCUCUCUCUCGCCCUCGCCGGUUUCUUCUCUUGCUUCUGCCAGUGGAUCCUGCUGCGGACCAUCGAGAAGGAGAUCCCGGAACUCUCGAGUCAGGUUGGGGACUUUGCUGAGCAGGUCGUCGGCACCCUAGGCAACGUAUCAAAGAGGUGGGCAGAUGAUGCCAACGGUGUUAUCACGUCCUUCAGCUCCGAAGUCAAUAACGACGUCCUCGGCCACGUCGUGAAUGGCACCACGGCUGUCAACAACACUCUGAACACCUUCCUGGACGGUAUCGACAAAGGACUCAACACCGCCUUCGGAGACACCCUCUUCAAGGACCUCGCCGCAAACACAGUCCGAUGCCUGAUUGGUCUGAAGAUCGAGGCGUUCCAGCGGGGUCUCACCUGGGUCCACGACCACGCCCACAUCAACUUCCCGCUGUUCCCCGAUGAUGUCUUCUCCGUCGGCGCCCAGAAGUCCAUCUCCGGCGACUCGGACAUGACGACAUUCCUAGCCUCCCCGAGCAGUGUCACGACCGACGAAAUCACUGGAGCCGUUACCCAUGUCACGAACUGGCUGCACGGCAACAUCGUCCAGAACGCGCUGGUCUCGACUGGUCUGCUGCUCGUGUACGUCAUCAUCGUCCUCAUCGGCGUUAUCCGCAUGCUCGUAGGCCACAACGACGUCGCCGGCGAGACGCGCAAGAUGCGGCUGCAGAACUUCAGCAACGGCGGGGCGCCUCAGGCGGACACCACAACGGGGGCAGUUCCGGCCGCCGGCCGCACAGCACCGACGCAGAUGCCGCAUUUCGAAGCUGAAGCGAGCGCGCAUCCGGACCGCUACCAGCGCUCGCCUUUCGACGAUGACGGCAACGACUAUGGACACGGAACGGUACGCGGCGGAGCCGUGACGACCGAGGAGGCACCCCCGUACACCCGGAACAGCAGUUACGUGCAGUACGUCGACGUGAAGCGGUAG